AUGUCGUCAUUCCAGUGUCCUUCAUGCGGCAAAGGCGGUUUCAAGAAUGAUGUCGCUGUUGCUCGUCACAUGAGCCAACCUCGUUCUGGGUGCAGUAUGUGGCUGCAGGAUUUGGCAUGCUUUCGCCCCGAGUCUGAUGACUCUCGUAUGGACUCGGAUGAUGAACCAAAUAUUUCCAUGGAUAUGGAUGAUGGACCGAAUAUACCCGACAUCGAGUCUGGGAGUACUGGUGGUAGUGAGAGCCAGGGAAUGCCAACUCACAACUCGGAAGUUAUCGACUCAUAUCCUGACUGCGCUCAAACAUACGGCAAGGGCUACACGUUCCUCGAUCUAUUCAAUUCCGACAAUAACAGCAAACACCGUGCAAUGAAUCCGUAUUACCCAUUCAGCAGCCGGAAAGACUGGGAAGUUGGGUCGUGGCUCCUUCGCUCAGGAUUGAGCAUGGGGAAGAUAGACAGUUUUCUUUCACUCGAGAUGAUAAAGACCCUUCCGUUGUCAUUCCUUUCGGCCAGGGAACUUCGCAGUAGAGCGGAAAUGUUGCCCAGCGGUCCGCGCUGGAUGUCUCAAAUCAUACCUACAAAAUUUCCUACGAAAUUGCCCAUUGUGUUGUAUUGGCGCGAUCCCCUGGAUUGUAUUUCAAGCCUUCUCAACCAUCCUGCCUUUCAUGAUCAGCUGGACUUUACACCUCGCAGGGUGUAUACCACUGCACAGAGGUUGUGUCGUGUGUUCUCGGAAUGGGCGACAGGUGAUGACGCGUGGAAUAUGCAGUCAGCCCUACCAAAAGGUGCAACACUCCUUGGGACCAUCUUAUCAUCUGACAAGACGAAUGUAUCGACCAUGACGGGCGACAGAGUUGCACAUCCCCUUCUCGUUAGCCUUGCUAACAUACGCAUGUCUACCCGACUCAAAUCGUCUUCGAAUGCCUUUGUCCUUACUGCUCUACUCCCCGAUCGCCUCAUUCACGAAUGCUUGGAUAUAGUUCUACGUCCACUCAAGGUAGCUGCCCGCGAAGGGGUCAUGCUGUCAGAUCCUAUCGGACACACAACUACACUCUCCCAGCUGGCUACUGCACGGAGUAAAGUUGAUCCCGAUGACAUCGAGGCUUUUUUCCGUGAGGCCCAGAAGUUUCGUCUGAAUGGCGUCAACACACCAUUCUGGCUAGAUUGGCCCCUCAGUGAUCCAUCACACUUUCUUACUCCCGAGUUUCUUCACCUCAUCCAUCGCGAGUUCUAUGACCACGAUAGAUCAGAGAUCGAUUUUCGGUUCUCUGUGUUGCAGGUCAUCACUGGGUUCCGUCAUUUUCAUGGCGGGAUUUCAAAACUUAAACAGGUUACAGGACGCGCUCAACGCGACAUCCAGCGCUCAAUUGUCGCGGUCAGCGCGGACGCAGUACCUAGCACCGUGAUGGCUGCCGUACGAGCUCUCAUGGACUUUUGGUACCUCGUACAGUCACCCGUAAUCGAUGACAUCCAACUCACCCAUAUUUCCACGGCCCUUGAAGAAUUUCACGCCAACAAAGAUGCAAUUAUAGAUGGCGGAUUUCGUCGUGGUCAGCGUGGUGGAGUCAUUGAGAACUGGUACAUACCAAAGCUGGAGCUCAUGCAGUCCAUAGUUCCGAGCAUAAGGAACACUGGAGUUUCUCUGCAAUGGACCGCCGACACCACCGAACAUGCGCACAUAACGGAAAUCAAGGAUCCUGCUCGCUCCAGCAACAACAACAACUACGAUCCCCAGAUAUGUCACCAUCUUGACUGUACCGAUAAGUGCCGCCGCUUUGACCUCGCUAUGAACUCGAAGCGGCAGGGUUCAGAUGACGUUGGCGAUGUCAAUGACAACGUUGAUCUCGAUGCAGACGACGAUCACGACGAUGGCGAUGUUGAUUUCGACACAGAUGUCGAUCAUGAUAUCCCACACCUUCUAGCGAUGAACAAAUACCCUGGGCAUUCACGUCUGACCACUAAUUACUUCGAAAUUGCCAAGGUCCUUCAGCACAGGGAAGCGGGAACAGUCCCUGUGCCAUUGCGCGCGUUCAUUAUUGAACGCACAGCAUUCCACCUCGCCUACGACCUGUUAAGACUAAAUAUAUCUGUUGACGAUGCUGCCAUUAAGUUUGGCCUUCCCGACUUACGACCAGCCAUUGCCGACUUUCUUCGUCGUGAGGAUACUCACGGGAGGGAUCACAUCCAUACUAUUGGGGGGGCUAGAAGAGCUGGACCCACUACUCCACUUCCCUUCGACAAACUACAAGUCUGGUUUAAGCUUCGGCUCCAGGACACCGAUUUUCAUGAUAUCAGCAUCAUACGGCCUGCACAGACCCUCAACUGCGCACCCCCUUCUGAUCCCUGGACCUCUGGCCGGUAUGACACAGCCAUCAUCAAUAACAAGGCGAGAUGUGUAUGGCCCACAGAUGGUCUUCACGCUCCACUUGCUCAACGAGCGAAGCGUUCAAAUGGUACUCGGGUGGGUGACAUCGUGCCUGUGACACAGCUCAGAGCACUUGUCAACCUCGUCCCUCGCUUCGGUGCAAGUGCGGACAACCGCCUCACCCCAUAUAAUAGCAUGGAACAUGCUUCGCAGUUUUGGCUCAACAAGUAUUGGGACAAGAACUCAUAUUUUCCUCUUUCCAUGUAA